CGGCGGAGCGGCGCUGGGAGUCUAGGAGGAGCCGCGGCAAGGUCGACAGCAGCAUCCCUCACAGCGAGCCCCGCAGCGGACCCGCCUGACGCCGAAAACUCGCUGGAACUUUUAGGACUUUCUUCCUCGGAGAAGAGAAGCCGGGCGGGGAAGGCAGCAGCCAUCUGCCGCCUCUCUCAGCGGGGCUUUUACUGGCGCUAGCCGGGCGGUUGGGACGGUUCACCUCCAUUACUCAGCAGCCGAGCCGCAGACAUGUCGGAGCCACCCGCAGCCCCGCAGAGCGAGCUUCUAGCUCCGGAGGGCGAGCCAAGGCCGCUCGGUCCCACUCCCAGCCAGAGCCGCUUCCAGGUGGAUCUGGUGUCCGAGGCGGCGGGCGCCUCCGAGGGGAAGGCUGAAAACCCGGGGGCCGGAGGAGAGGAGGCCAAGGGCCGCUUCAGAGUGGUGAACUUUGCGGAUCCCAGCGGCUCUGGGAGCGGGGCCUCCCCGGAGGGAGGGCCGGCUGAGGGGUUACAGAACGGAGACACGGUGAUGAGCGAGAGCAGCCUGCAUUCCUCCACGGGGGGCCAGCAUCACUACCACUAUGACACCCACACCAACACCUACUACCUGCGGACCUUUGGACACAACACCAUCGAUGCUGUCCCAAAGAUAGACUUCUACCGGCAGACCGCGGCGCCUCUGGGGGAGAAGCUGGUCAGACCCACCCUGUCGGAGCUCCACGACGAGCUGGACAAGGAGCCGUUUGAGGAUGGCUUCCCUAACGGCGACGAGCUGACGCCGGCUGAAGAGGCCGCAGCCAAGGAGGCGGCCGAGCCCAAAGGAGUGGUCAAGUUCGGCUGGAUCAAGGGGGUUCUGGUCCGCUGCAUGUUGAACAUCUGGGGAGUGAUGCUGUUCAUCCGUAUGACCUGGAUCGUGGGCCAGGCAGGGAUCGCUCUAGCCUGUGUGAUCAUUGGCAUGGCAACCGUGGUCACCACCAUCACCGGCCUCUCCACCUCUGCCAUUGCCACCAACGGAUUCGUGCGAGGAGGGGGGGCCUACUACCUGAUCUCCAGGAGUCUGGGACCAGAGUUCGGAGGCUCCAUUGGCCUGAUCUUCGCCUUCGCCAACGCCGUGGCCGUAGCCAUGUACGUGGUCGGCUUUGCUGAGACUGUGGUGGAUCUUCUCCAAGGCGUGGAUGCGGUGAUGACGGAUGAAAUCAACGACAUCCGGAUCAUCGGCACCAUCACCAUAAUCCUUCUCCUGGGCAUCUCUGUGGCAGGGAUGGAGUGGGAGGCCAAGGCCCAGAUCUUCCUGCUGGUUGUCCUCAUCACCGCCAUUUUCAACUACUUUAUUGGGUCCUUCAUUCCUGUGAAGUCAAAGGAACCUCAAGGCUUCUUUAGAUACGACGGUGACCUCAUGUGGGAGAACAUGGGGCCGGACUUCCGAGACGAGACGUUCUUCUCAGUCUUCGCCAUCUUCUUCCCUGCAGCAACCGGUAUCCUGGCGGGGGCUAAUAUUUCCGGGGACCUUGCAGACCCUCAGAUGGCGAUCCCCAAAGGAACUCUGCUGGCCAUCCUGAUCACAGGAAUAGUCUACAUGGGGGUGGCCAUCUCCACAGGCUCCUGCAUCGUGAGGGACGCCACUGGAAAUGUGAAUGACACCCUCACUGGAGACUUCCUGAAAAACUGCACGGGCGUUGCCUGCAAGUUUGGCUACAACUUCUCCAGCUGUAAGAUAUCGCCUGAAGAACCCUGCAGCUACGGACUCCACAAUGACAUGCAGGUGAUGAGCGUGGUUUCAGGGUUCUCCCCCAUCAUCUCCGCUGGGAUCUUCUCUGCCACGCUGUCCUCUGCGCUGGCCUCCUUAGUGAGCGCGCCCAAAGUUUUCCAGGCUUUGUGUAAAGACAACAUCUACCCUUACAUCGGCGUGUUUGCCAAAGGGUACGGGAAGAACAACGAGCCGCUGCGGGGGUACUUCCUGACCUUCGGCAUCGCUCUGGGCUUCAUCCUCAUCGCGGAGCUGAACACCAUCGCACCGAUCAUCUCCAACUUCUUCCUGGCUUCCUAUGCCUUGAUCAAUUACUCUGUGUUCCACGCAUCGCUGGCCAACUCUCCAGGCUGGCGGCCCAGCUUCAGGUACUACAACAUGUGGGUGGCCCUGGCCGGCGCCGUGCUGUGCUGCGUAGUGAUGUUCGUCAUCAACUGGGCGGCGGCGCUCCUCACCAACGUCAUCGUCAUGGGACUCUACAUCUAUGUGUGCCACAAGAAGCCAGAUGUGAACUGGGGCUCGUCCACGCAGGCCCUGACCUACCAGCAGGCGCUGAGCCACACGCUGCACCUCAGCGCCGUGGAGGACCACGUCAAGAACUUCAGGCCCCAGUGCUUGGUGAUGACCGGUUACCCCAACUCCCGGCCUGCCCUGCUGGACCUGGUUCACUCCUUCACCAAGAAUGUGGGCCUGAUGAUCUGUGGCCACGUCCGCAUGGGCUACAGGAAGCCGAACUUCAGAGAUCUAGCUGCAGACCAGUCCCGGUACCAGCGCUGGCUGAUGAGGAAUGAGACCAAGGCCUUCUACACGCCUGUGUUUGCUGAGGACCUGAGACAAGGUUCCCAGUACCUGCUCCAGGCUGCUGGUCUGGGUCGUCUGCGGCCGAACACGCUGGUGCUCGGCUUCAAGAACGACUGGAGAGACGGAGACAUGAUGAACGUGGAGACCUACAUCAACAUGAUCCACGACGCGUUUGACUUCCAGUACGGCGCGGUGAUCCUGCGGCUGAAGGAGGGGCUGGACGUGUCUCACAUCCAAGGACAAGAUGAGCUGUUGUCCUCCCAGGAGAAAUCAGGAGCCAAGGACGUCAUCGUUUCCAUGGACACCAGCAAAGACUCGGACUGUGACUCAUCCAAGCUGUCUUCAAAGACCACCAGCCUUCAGAACAGUCCAGCUGCACAGAAAGAAGACGAUGAAGAUGGCAAAGCUACAACGCAGCCCCUGUUGAAAAAAGGCAAGAAGAGUCCAACGGUUCCACUGAACAGUUCUGACCAGCAGCUGCUGGAGGCCAGCCAGCAGUUCCAGCAGAAACAGGGGAAAGGCACCGUGGACGUCUGGUGGCUGUUUGAUGACGGAGGUCUGACCCUGCUCAUCCCCUACCUUCUGACCAACAAGAAGAGGUGGAAGGAUUGCAAGAUCCGCGUUUUCAUUGGAGGGAAGAUCAACCGGAUCGAUCACGACCGCCGAGCGAUGGCGACUCUGCUGAGCAAGUUCAGGAUAGACUUCUCUGACAUCAACGUGCUGGGGGACAUCAACACCAAGCCCAAGAAGGAGCAUGUGGCGGCCUUCGAAGAGAUGGUGGAGCCCUACCGGCUGAAGGAGGACAACAUGGAGCUGGAGGCGGCGGAGCGGCUGAAGAACAGCGAGCCCUGGAGGAUCACAGACAACGAGCUGGAGCUGUACCGCGCCAAGACCAACCGCCAGAUCCGCCUGAACGAGCUGCUGAAGGAGCACUCUGCCACCGCCAACCUCAUCGUCAUGUAAGCUUCCCUCCUCCUCUGUAGAGCAGAGGGUUCCUCAGCCUGGACCCCGGAGAACCUCGCCCUCCCACCUUCUCCUGGCCUCCAU